AUGACGCAGGCCGAGGGCGCACCAUUCUCUGUGGCCAUUAUCGGCGCCGGCAUUGGAGGACUGGCCCUCGCCAUCGGGCUUUUGAAGAAAAAUGUGCCCUGUACCGUUUACGAAUCUGCCAGCAAAUUCGAUGCCGUGGGAGCGGGAAUCGGUCUCGGUCCCAAUGCAUUGCGCGCAAUAGAGUUGAUGGACCCCAAGUUUAGGGCCAUGUACGACGAGGUCAAAGUCGGCAACAAAUCACCAGAUCGUGUCCACGAGCAGAUCGAGAUUCUAGGGAUCCAAGAGGGCUUUGGAAUCACUGACGACUGGCAUGGUGGUUCGGUCUCGCACCCGGCAUUCGAGAGAAGUAGCGCCCACCGAAAAGCGCUUCUCGAGAUCAUGGAGAGCUUGAUCCCGCCGGGCACGGUCCAGUUCAACAAGAGAGUCAUCCGACUUGAGCAAAAGUCCCCUCAGAAAGUGACCAUUGUUUUCCAGGACGGAGAGGUUGUCCAAAGCGACAUUGUCGUUGGUUGCGAUGGCAUCAAAGGAAUGUCGAGAAAGGUGGUUCUGGAAUCCAGAUAUCCGGAAGAGGUCCCCGCAAAAUACAACAAUACCUACAUCUACCGUGGAAUCACGUCCAUGGAAGAGGCCAAGAAACGCAUCGGAACCUACGCGGAGGAUGCACGAUGGUGGAUGGGCAAGGGCAAAGGAUGGGCAAUGUACCCAAUCUCUAAAGGAACAGAGGUCAACAUCGUCGCCUUCAUACAUGACCCCGACGAAUGGGUGGGCGAACAAGCAACCAAAGAAGUGACCAGGGAAGAGAUGUUCUCCGACUUCGCAGAGUUUGACCACAGACUGAAAGCACUGCUAGAUUUUGUCAAGCCCGUCAGGUGGCCGCUCUUCCACCAUCCCAACACGCCAACAUACUACAAAGGUCGGAUAUGUCUCAUGGGAGAUUCGGCACACGCAUCAAGUCCUGCUCAGGCAGCGGGUGCAGGGCAAGGCCUGGAAGACGCACUCAUCCUCUCCCGGCUCCUCGGCCUCGUAAGGCGUACGAAUGAAGUGGAAAGCGCCAUCCAAGUCUACGAUGCCAUUCGCAGACCCCGGGCUCAGGCUGUCGUCCAGGAGAGUCGGGACGUCGGCAUGGCCUACUUUUUCUUGCAUCCAGACUUUGGCGACGACCUCAAGAAGAUCACGGCGGAUGCAAAUGUGCGAUUGCCAAAAAUUUGGUUCUAUGAUCUCGAUAGGGAUCUCAAGCUUGCCGAAGACAGUUUCAACGCUCUUGUACGGUAUCCGGCGUGCAAAGAUGACGUAGUGACUGUGAGCAUUGCUGAAACGACAACUUCGGUGCCCAGUAGAAUUGCAACCUAA